AUGGCAAGCUCUGGUAUAGAAAGUAAUAUCCCGAUUCAAGAUGUGCAAAAUGAUCACGAACUAAAAGAGGAUUCUGCAUCUACUUUAAGUGCAUCUAAGAAGAAGAUUGCUGAACAAAAUACUCAGGAUUAUUAUGACUUCAUCAUGCCGCAACUUCAGAUAACUGAAACAAUACUGGAACUAACGGAACAGGUAUUGCAGCAACAGGCAAGUUAUAUCUCACGUUAUAUUGAUUUCUUGAACAAGUAUAUCAAUUAUCAAAGAAAGGUUACCACUCUUAGAUUUGAACGAGCUACGUUGAUCAAAUAUGUUAAGAAGCUGAGGUUUUUAAAUGAUUUCCUGUAUAAUUAUAAGCCUGAUUUUUCUACUAUUGGAAAUCCAUUGCAGAACUUGGUCAAACCUUUGGGAUCAUUCUUUAUUCGGUAUUUGGAAAUCAUAGAUUUGCUGAAUUACUAUCUUACACAGUCUUUACGAAGUGAGACUAUUUCUAAGACGUUAAAUCAAGACUUGGUGUUGAGCCCAGGAUCUAUUGCAAUGGUUGAUAAGACGUACAGGGUAUAUGUGAAAUUUGUUCAGUGGUUUAUCGAGUCUUCUUCCUCGGUAACCACUGGAGAUCUAACCAUGGAAGUUGUUCAAUUUACGAGGAAAUGUGCCAUGGAGGAUGGCAUUGAUCUUGGCGAGACAGAUGAUGUGUUGCUACAAGAAGUUCAGCUGGUGACGAGUUCUGAAGAGUUCGAAGACCUUUUGGAUAAAUGGAAGCAGGUUCUAAGUUUCCAAUGCACUGACCUUGAUGACACUUUUAAUGAAAAUGUCAAACAUUGGAGUCAGCUAUUUGAUAAGAGGAAGGACAAAUAG